AUGCAAGAAAUGAUUGAUGAAUUGGCAACAGUUAUUUCCAGUGAUAUUUAUGAUUUAAGAGCCAGUCCUUUCUAUAGCCUUUUAAUGGAUGAGACCACUGAUGUUGCCAUAUUGAUCAUGUAUUCCAAAUACAUAGACAAACAUGCAAACAUUAAGACCUCAUUUCUCAGCAUUGCUGACAUUGUGAAUGGGAAGGCAGAGACAAUAGAGGCUUCAACAGUUGCCUUCUGUGAAGGAAAAUCUUUGACAAUUAAUCCCAAUAUGGCUGCUCUUGGGUCUGAUGGUGCAUCAGUAAUGGUGGGAAGGAAGACUGGGGUUGCAACACGACUAAAAGAAAGAAAUUCAAUGUUGAUGAAUAUACACUGUGUUGCUCACCGCCUUGCUUUGGCUGCAGCACAAUCCAUGGACAAGAUAAAGCAUCUGCAUAAAGUAUCAACCACACUCCAGCAACUUUACCAUUAUUACCAGAAUUCUGCUGUCAGAGCUGUUGAUGCUAUGCGAAGAGUAUUGCCGUCUGUCAUCACUAGUUUGGAAAGACAUGCAGAGGAAAGAGGAGAUGCCACUGCCCAUGGACUAUCAAUGUUUGUUAAAAAAUAUGAUUUUAUUGCAUCAAUCCACAUGUUAUCAGAUGUACUACCUCAUCUUACUAGACUGUCAUUGAUAUUUCAGAUAUAUAACAAGUACAUUGAUGCAGUGGUGGCCAACCUACAAGAUAGAUUCCCUGAUGUGGAGCUGUUACAGUGUUUCAGUGUUUUUGACCCCAAUGGAUUACCCCAGAAUGGUGAUGAAGCAGUGGAUGAUGCUGUUCAGAAGCAACAUCUGCAGACUGUGAAAGGGGGUUUUCGGCUGUCAACAGGAUUAAGAGCACACUUUGAAACAGAAUGA